AUGGGAGUUAACAAAGACAAGAGCAAGAAGACUGCUGUCUCCGGUCCGGUGCGAUUACAAGAGCGCCGAAAAUCCUCGGGGCAAAGCGAAGGGGUGAAGUCUAGGGAAGAAAUGUUGGCAGCUUUAGAAGCUCAUAGUCGGAUGAUGUUAGGUUUUGAUAAUGGGGCAAGUGGUUCCUCUACGCAAAUACAAAAUAACCCUUCGAACGUAUCAAGUACCUCUGAGGACGAGGAUGGGGAAGAUGAGGAAGAUGACGACGUUGGUGAUGAGAACGAUGAAUUUGAUGAUGGUUGGACACCACAACAUGAGGAGCAUUCCGAGAAUAAAGUCCCAGAAGUAAUCUUCGUACCUCCUACAUCUAAAUCUUCGAAUAAUUUGGGGUUGUCAAGUACCGAACGACGUGCUUUUCUUGUGAGUCAAGAUAAAUCUUCAUCUGCCAAAAUGAUGGGUCUCCAAUCUUCUUCUCUCCCUCAACGUAAACGUCGUCAAGCCUCUUCCGAAGAAGAUUUAACAAAUCAAUCAUUAGACAAAACACUUCACUCUAUGCUUCUCACUACUCUUUUACCCGAAUCUACACAACCUUCUCGACCAGUCGAAAAACGUACAGCCAUAGCCUCUCGUUUAGCUCAAUUGGCAUCUUUCGAUAUUGGACAAGACCCAAGGUCCGGGGAAUUAUCAAGACAUCCAGCUAAGAUCCGUACUGGUAUUUUACAUGCUAGACAAAAACGGGAAGCUGUGCAAAAAGAGGCUGAACGAGCGGCUGGACAUGUGAGAGGGUUGAAGAAGGGUAAUAAGGUUAAUAAUGGGAGUAAGAGACUUGGAUUAGGAGAAGAAGUUAAGAAGAAAGGUAUGGAGAGUAAGAAGGAAGGAAGGGUUAGAGGAUUGGGUGGAGGAAUGGGGAGGUUCGAGAAUGGGAUGUUGAAGUUGAGUCAAAUGGAUAUAGCCAAAGGUAAAGGAUAUGGGAACUCUCAUUCGGGAAAGAGAAGACGAAAAUGA